AUGCUGCUGCACGAGCUGCCAGCGGAGGUGCUCCUUCACAUUCUCGCCUCGGCGGGCUCCCUGUCCGACCUCCAGGCCCUGGCGGAAACCUCGCGGAGGAUCCAUUCCAUCUUCCAGCUCGAGCAGUCCUCGCUCGUCUACCAGGUCCUCGCCAACGAGCUAGGGCCGGUCCUGGCGGACGCCCUCGGUCUCUCCUACAUCCAAGCCCUCGACGCGUUGUCGCCGACGUUUGUCGAGCAGGCCGAAAGCGCCGUGUCCUCCUAUGCCCAGCUCCUCGAGGCCGGGGGGGAUGUAGGGAGCCAUCCCCUGCUGCCGCGCCGGCCCGCGUGGGACUCCGUGCUGCGCCUGGCCCGCUCGUUCCGCGCCAUGGCCUACAUGGCCAGCGUGUACCUCACCAGCACGCUGCGGCUGAUCGAGCGCGAGACCCGGCAGUCCCGCGACGACCCCGAGGUCGCCUUCCGGGCGCUGGCCCGCCCGAGCGCCACGGAGCGGCUGCGCGCCGUGCGCGCGCACUACCGCCUGCAGAUGCUGCUGCACCUGUGGGAGUGCGCGCGCGCCGACGACUCCCGCCACCUCUCCACGGUCAACGGCCUCUGCGCGCUACUGUUCGCCCUGUGGGAGCCGUGGGAGCUGCAGCAGGUCUUCGGGCUCGGCGCCUUCUACAUGCGGCUGCGCCCGGUGGUCGGCCGACACCCGUUCCAGGACCAGAUGGUCAGGAGGGACGUGACGGGCAGGGAAGGGUUCUACUGCUUCGAUGCGUUUCGGACCCACAUCAGGUUCCUGCGGCUGACGAACGAGCCGGUGUGGCAGGCCACGGUGGCCGCCAUGUCGAACCCGCCGCCUGGGCUGGAGGCCACCGGGCAAGCGGAGGAAGGUAGAUUGGCUUGGUUCCGGUUUAAGCUGUACGACUGCUAUGGCGCAGCACUGCAUGCUCCACCUCCUCCCGAGCCGCCGUUAUCACUCCGCUUUACUCCGGGACAAGAACACGUGGACAAUGUGCCAUUCGCUUGGGUGGAUGCUUUUGAUGGGCGCUACGGGAACAAUUUCUGGCGAUUGGAUGGUGCGCCAAUACGGGAGAAGGGCGUUUCAGCGGUGGGAAUCUGGUCCUUGCUGGGUAUGGUUAUGUGGGAUGCGCCGCGGGCCGAGGCUUUAAAGGAGGUGUCGGUCGCCCUUUCUUCGCAUUGCGCGAAAGGCUGGGCGCUCUUGGGUACGAGGAACGAGCACUAUUACUAG